AUGUCCACUGCCAGACCUGUAAACCGACCUCCCCCGCCUGGAGACGAAGAUCUACAACACUUGUAUGAAGAAGUAUGGCGUAUUUUCGGUGAAGAAUCGCCAACGGCCGAGCGCUCGCCAAUAAGUGCAGAGGUGGGUCGCACUACAUCGACAGGCUCCACUACAUCUUCUGCUCAGACAGGGUCACUUGGUCGCAACAUAUCGGCAACGACUUCUGCUACUACCAAUAGUGAUGAUAUUCGCGAUCCCUACAGUAAAGUUAGUUCGCCAUUAGCGCCAGUAAUCGAUAGGACGAACUCCACCACUUCAUAUGGAUCUGCUGCACUCGGUGCGUCGACUGUCUACCCAUCCACUCAGAUGUCCUUCCAGGAUUCGUACACGGAUUCGGGUAGCGGCCAUCUUCGAGGUAGCUUGGACUCCCUUGGGCGUCGCAAUGGUGAUUACGAGCGUACCGUGUCAACGAAAGGUCCUCUGGCGGCGGACGAACAAGUCUAUGACGACGACGACGAUUUCAUGUAUUCUGAAAGCGAGGACCCUGAUCCGGAUCGUUUCGUCAAUUUCGCUUUAUUGUCACACUUGGCUGUUCGAUUGCGUGACAAGGUCCCAAGAGGUACGCACGUCAAAAGCAGCAUCCCAUACCCUCGUGCAUUUACGGGCAAGGAUAUUGUGUCCACCAUCCAGUCACAAAUACAACGCGAAUUGCUCAUCAACCAUGGUGUGUCGACCACUAAUCGUCGUGCAGCGCUUCAAGUAGCACGUAGUUUACAACAACAAUUAUUCUUCUACGAGGUUGAAUGGGGCGAUCGACCUUUACAGGACGGAGUAGAAGAUGUUUAUAUGUUCUUGGAUGAUCAAGAGGGAGGUGCAUCGGAUGCACACCCGGAGAGAGAAGAGCUCCCUACGGCGGUUGUCACCAUGUUGACGAAGUGCUACGCGUCUGGUUGUACUGAAGGAGAACCUUGUUAUUCUUAUGCUUGUCCUCGCAAAUCAGGAGAAUGGAUAAAGACCAUAGACCCUGCUAUAUUGAAGACUCUUCCAGACAGUGAAAUUCAUCGCCAGACUAUUAUCCACAAGACUAUAAGUCAAGAAGAGCAGUAUGUUCAAGAUCUUGAGAUGGUGGAGACGCUCUUCAUUAAGCCAUUGCGGAAGGCAGUGGUCAUGGACUCGUCUAAACUCGAUGCAUUUAUCGAAGAUGUCUUCGGGAAGAUCCUAGAUCUUCGUGAAUGUAACAAGCGCUUGCUGGAGGCCAUGUACGUGAGACAACGAGAGCAGGCCCCCAUCAUACAGAGAAUCGGUGAUGUUUUCCUGGAGGCAGCGACAGAGUUCCGCUAUGCGUACCCGACAUACGUUGGGCAUCUACCUCUGGCCGAGAAACGGUUGAAGGACGAGAUUGAAGUUAACUCUGAAUUCCGGCUUUUCCUUGAGAAAUACCCUAUUGCACUUGAAGCAAUCAUGAAUGAAACAACAGAGGGCAACCCGGACGCCGAUUAUUUGGCAGAAGCUAUCCAUGCUAUAAAAAAUCUCCAGGGUACAGCCCAAUUACAAACAUUCCAAACAGCUAUGGGACGUGGUCCUACCGGGAAAUGGGAAUGGCAUGAUCUUGUAUCAAAAGAUCUUAGGGAGGGACUAUCAAAGCAAGAGGCGAAACGUCAAUCUAUUAUCUUUGAACUUAUCAAGGGAGAAAUGGCUUAUGUCAAGGAUUUAGAGAAUAUCAAAAUUAUGUAUAUCGACUCACUUCACGAGCAAGACCCUCCUAUCAUCUCCCGUGAUAGAUUGGACACGUUCAUUAACGAUGUUUUCCAUAACUUCGCUGAAUUACAUGCCCAUCACUUGAAGCUGGUCAACAAAUUCCACGACAUUCAACGUGAAGAACAUCCCGUCAUCAGGAGUAUUACAGCGCCUAUGUUUGACGCGGUCUUGAACUUUAGGGAUGCAUAUAUGGAAUACGUCCCUAAUUAUCCCAUAGCAGCAUAUCGGAUAGACGACGAGAUGGCUAACAAUGUCCAGUUCAAGCUUUUCGUUGAUCAAUGUGUUCGGCAUCCUGAUGCUCACCGCCUGGAUAUGAAAAGUUUCAUCAACCGUCCAAUUCCUCGUUUACUUCGCUACGAACUACUUCUGAAAGGAAUUUUGGAAGAGACACCCACUGGGCACGAUGAUCGCGAUGAAAUACCACACGUGCUUGACCUGAUCAAGUCUCUCGGCAAAGAGACAGAGCCAGGUGUGCAGUCGGCCAAACAGAAAGUGCAGCUGUGGUGUUACAAUUCGAACAUUGUUUUCAAACCUGGGGAGUCCGUGGACAUGGACCUACUCAAUGAAAAUCGCUCACUUAUCCACGUUGGCAAGCUGUUACGCCAACCGGACACAGGUUUCGAAUGGAAUGGCUGGAGUGAACUAUUUGUCCUUCUAUUUGACAACUAUUUGGUGAUGACCAAAACCAAAGAAAGGGAUGGAAUCGUGAAAUACCACGUAAACAGAAGGCCCAUACCUUUGGACCUCUUAACACUGGCCAGCUUUACUGACCCUCCGACACAACGUAGUGCAGGCAUAUUACGCAUUGGAUUAGGAGGGGGUCGCCAUAACGAUCAAGCAGUUCCGAAUACACCAGGUAGCGCCCUACCUGAAAGUGCAGGGGAUUCCCGAGCUGUUUAUCCUUGUACCAUUCACCAUAAUGGAAGGCUAGGCGGCUUGUACACACUGUACACAGAGUCAACGCAGGCACGUACUGAAUGGAAGCAGAAGCUAGACGAAGCCCUCGGUCUCCGAAAGGUGGUGCAAGAAUCGAAUAAGGUAUUUGAAAUCGAGACUUUAAGCACCGACACUUUCCUUGUGCCGUCAAUUGCUGCGGGAGCAUCAACUCCUUCCUGGAAUUACGAGAACUCGCUCACAGGAAAAGUCACUUGCUCGGUACCGUUUACCACGGCGGAUGGUCGGGCUCUCGUUGCCAUUGGCUGCGCCGAAGGUGUAUGGAUAGGUUUCCGACAUGAUUCCAAAUCCAUGCGACGCGUUCUACAUCUCAAACAGGUGACACAAUGCGCAAUGCUCGAAGAUUUUGGCAUGUUCCUAGUUCUCGCGGAUAAGUCCCUCUUUGCGUAUCACAUUGAAGCUCUUGUUCCGUCGUCUCCUCAAAGUGCCCAUACUUCACAAACGCCUCAGAAAAUCAAUGGCACCCGAGAUGUACAUUUCUUCAGCGUAGGCAAUUUAGGGGGACGAACUCUCGUUAUAUACAUGAAGAAGAAAGGACUUGACAGCGUCUUCCGUGUGCUGGAACCUGUGGUUGGCAAAAUCAAUGAAAGGAACAAACCACCGCUUUCCUUCACGUCUCGCUUUGGAAUAAGGACUCCGCGGUCAGAAUGGUUCCGUCUCUACAGGGAAUUCUUCUUGCCUUCGGAAUCGUUCGACUUAAUCUUCCUCAAAGCCAAAAUCGCUAUCCUCUGUACCAAAGGGUUCGAGAUCAUGGACUUGACUGAUUUCAAGAGUGUGACUAUCCCGCUACGCGACGAUGCUCGCUAUGAGAGAUUAGCAAAGCGUUGUGAAUCAUGCAAACCAAUAGGAAUGUUCCGUGUAGAUAACGAGUUCCUGCUUUGUUAUGAUGAAUUUGGUGUUUAUGUUGACAAACACGGAGAGCCAAGCCGUAUUGGUGGCACGAUUGAAUGGGAGGGUACUGCCGAACGCGUAGCUUUACACGCACCAUACGUUCUACUGUUCGACUCCCGCUUUAUCGAAGUGAGACAUCUCUCUACCGGCCGCCUCGCACAGAUCGUUCCAGGUAACGAGAUACGUUGUAUAUGGGAUGGUCGUGGGGCAAGCUCAGGAGAUGGACCUGCCACUUUGGAAGGAUUCCACGAUGGCAUGAAUCUCGAUGCACGAGUGCACGGUGUCAUGAACGUGACAGAGUCAACUCCAGCUGGUUCUGGGAUCAGACCUCGCGCUGUAGCACAGCAAGUGUUUGAGCUGAUGCCGACGAUACCCUUGUACCUGCCCGGUUCGCUGGCUUCUCCCUCAAACUCGGCAUACUUCGCUCAGCCAGCUUCGCCGCCGCGGUCGCCGCGCCUCACACCUAUCCAAACAUGGAGAUGA